GGGCCUUCCCCACUCGAGCUAGAGAGACUCCAUGCCACUAUAAAUACGAGCCCAGCUGCUCACGCGUUCCCCUCGCCGUCGAAGCACACGCGUACAGAGAAAGAUCUAGGCGCGCGCGGCGACCACCGUUAGCGAUGGUCAAGAACCCGGGCACCAAUGGCAUUGCCACCGCGACCGCCUUUUCAGGCGACAAGGCCAGGCCGGAGAGGGUCAUCGGCGUAGGCGGAAAGGCCGCGGCGAGGCAGUACAAAGGGGUGCGGAUGCGGAGCUGGGGGUCGUGGGUGUCGGAGAUCAGGGUGCCGAACCAGAAGCGCCGGAUCUGGCUCGGCUCCUACGCCACGCCCGAGGCCGCCGCGCGCGCCUACGACGCCGCGCUACUCUGCCUCAAGGGCUCUGACGCCGUCCUCAACUUCCCCUCCGCCGCAUCCUCCUCCUCUCACAACGUUGACAGUCGCCACUCUGACCCGGCGGCCGGCGGCAUGUCACCGAGGUCCAUCCAGCGCACGGCGGCCGCGGCCGCCGCUGCCUUCGACGCUGGCAUCAUGGCCAGCGUCGACGACAGGUGCUCUUCCAGCGCCGGCGGGACGCCGACCUCGCCGUCGUCGCUGGUCAGCGCUGAUCACGGCCAGGAGCACGCGACGUCGUCGUCGUCUGCUGCGGCAAGCACAGGCUCGCCAGCCGAUGGGGAGGAGCUGUGGACGGAUCUGGACGCGUUUGCCUCGCCCAUGUGCAUGGAUCUGAUGGCCGCCGGCGCCGCACCGUUCUCGUCGGCGUGGGAGGAGCCCGAAGACGACGGCGAGAUGAUGAGGCUGUGGAGCUUCUGCUAGGCCUAGGAGAUCAAGCACUGUGCAAUGUGCAAGCAUUCUUUAAUAAUCUUUCUUCCCCUUGUCAGCAUUGCAAGCUAGGUGCAUGCACGCCUUCUUCCAAAUAUUCUUUCGUUUUUUUCUUGACAACAUCACAAGAUAAAUUUAAUUGCUUGUACUAAAAUUGAUGUGUAAGAAUUGAUGAGAGCAUUGGAUACUUGUGGAUUUGCCCAUUUUGUUUUACUAGAUUAUUUUCUCGAUUACUUA